CCGCAUUCGGGGGGGACGAAUCGGUUGUGCAGCUUCUCCUCGAGCGUGGGGCAGAGGUGAAUGCUCAGGGUGGCCGUCACGGCAAUGCACUACAAGCAGCCGCCUAUGGGGGGAAAAAAUCGGUUGUACACCUUCUCCUCGAGCGCGGGGCAGAGAUGAAUGCUCAGGGUGGCGAGUAUGGCAACGCACUACGAGCCGCUGAAGCAGCACAUGAUGAAUCGAUUGUGCAGCUUCUCCUCACACAUGGGGCAGAUCCCAAUCUACAA